AGGGUUCGCCCCAGAACCAGCUUCUGCAACGGCUUCGCGUGAGCCACUGCACAGCCCAAGGACUAGGGUUCACCUGAGGACGAGGGUUCACCCCAGAACCAGCUUCUGCAGCGGCUUUGCGUGAGCCACUGCGCAGCCCGAGGAUGAAGCUGAAAGUCAUUGCUAUUGAUGAACAGCUGAGAGUCAUUUAUGAGGAUAAUAUUCAAUUUGAUAAGGACCUACCAGAAUUUAGGACUCAAGGUGGAGCCUAUGUUCACAGUGAUGGACUAACAGUCACUUCUCCUGUGCUGAUGUGGGUCAAGGCUCUGGAUAUGAUUUUGGAAAAAAUGAAGUCUUCUGGAUUUAAUUUCUCUCAAGUGAGAACCCUGUCUGGUGCUGGUCAGCAACAUGGGAGUGUGUAUUGGAAAAAGGGAAGCGUUGACAUUUUAAAGAAUGCGUCACCUGAACUGCCUUUGCAUCAUACACUGAAGGAUUGUUUUUCUGUCAGUAACAGCCCCAUCUGGAUGGAUUCUAGUACAGCUUCCCAGUGCAGCUCUCUGGAGAAAGCCGUUGGAGGAGCGCAACGUCUAGCUAAUAUCACUGGAUCUCGAGCCUAUGAGCGUUUUACAGGAAACCAGAUAGCAAAGAUUUACAGCCAGAAUCCUGAGGUCUACAUGCAAACUGAGAGAAUAUCUUUGGUUAGCAGUUUUGGAGCUUCCCUUUUUCUAGGAGCUUAUGCACCCAUCGAUUACAGUGAUGGUUCUGGGAUGAAUUUGCUGAAGAUCUGUGAAAAGGUAUGGUCAGUGUCUUGCCUUGAUGCUUGUGCACCGGGAUUAGCAGAGAAACUAGGAUGCCCUGUGCCAUCCCACUCAGUCCUGGGACCCGUUUCUCCUUAUUAUAUUAAACGUUACGGGUUUAGCCCAGACUGUAAAAUAGUAGCAUUUACAGGAGACAAUCCAGCAUCAUUGGCAGGGAUGAGACUUCAAGAAGGAGAUAUUGCAAUUAGUCUUGGCACAAGUGACACAUUGUUUCUUUGGAUCCAGGAACCAACUCCUGCUUCAGAAGGUCAUAUCCUCUGCAACCCUGUUGACUCUCAAGCAUAUAUGGCACUUUUAUGUUUUAAGAACGGCUCUCUGAUGAGAGAGAGGAUCAGAGAUGACUGUGCUUCAGGCUCCUGGGAUGAAUUCUCCAAAGCCCUAACGUCUACUGUUGCUGGAAACAAUGGAAACUUGGGUUUCUACUUUGAUGUGAUGGAAAUUACUCCUGAAGCUAUUGGGAUUCACAGAUUCAACAGAGACAACCAAAAGGUUUCAGACUUUCCAAAGGAUGUGGAGGUACGAGCGUUGAUCGAAGGGCAGUUCAUGGCCAAGAGGAUUCAUGCUGAAAAACUGGGAUAUAAAGUCAUGCCGAGAACAAGGAUUUUGGCUACUGGUGGCGCAUCCCACAAUGAAAAGAUCUUGCAGGUCCUGUCUGACGUGUUCAACGCACCAGUGUACACUAUCGAUACCGCCAACUCUGCUUGUUUAGGAAGUGCUUACAGAGCAAUUCAUGGGCUUGUGGCGGAGACUGGUGUGUCCUUGGCUGAGGUUGUGAAAUUAGCACCAGAACCUAGACUGGCUGUUACACCAACCGCUGGGGUUGAAGAGCUCUAUCGUCCACUUCUGAAGAGAUAUGCAGAGCUUGAGCAGAAGGUCAUCUACAACCCAACCUCCUCUUGUCUGGUGAAGUAACAAGGAAACAGCUUAUAAGUCGGCUGAAGAAUGAACUGCCAAGGAGAAGAUCACAAGAGAUUUGAUCAGAAUUUACUGGAGUUGUUUAAAGCAUUCUGUUGCAUUUCGUGUCUUAAAAUAGUAUGACGAAUAAUUUUUAAAUGGCUGUUUUCGAGGAUGUUGGAGAAAAAGUUACUUUAAGAUUGAAAAUCUGAUUAAAUAGCAUCACAUCA